AUGGCACAUGGCACGGCACGACGCGACAAUGCAUUCGGUAGCCUCUCGCGCAGGGGGUCUUUUGUCGUCUUGACCACAGAUGACCCCCUGCACCAGCCGGCUAGAUCGAAGCUGAUGCCUCAACAUGCUCUCUGCACACAUGGCCAGGCCUUCAGUCUCUAUACGCGGUACGAAGAAUCCAUGGUCUCCUCUCACAGGCGGCUGGCGCAUCGCCGCGCCAAAUGCAUCCUCUCAGGUGUCGCCCGCAACAUUCUACCCGGCGAGGCCCGGUUCUACUCAUUCUACUCGCCCUCGCUCAAAGGCGGCUUGCACACCGUAAAAGUCAGUCAAACCAUUUCAGCGCCCCCCGACAAAGCCGCCGAGGGCCCCGAUAAAGACAAGCGCCGCGAAGAUGCCAUCGCCGAGGAGUCGCUGAACCUCUAUGUCAUCGCACCCAAGUUCAACUUGCCUGUUGGAUGCAUUGAUUCAAUGUUUCCAGCCCCUGGUGCCAUGGCUGAGGUGACGGUGCUGCCUCACAUCAGCUUCAAAGACCCUCACCUCCCGUGGGAACGUGAGGCCGCCUAUAGCCCUGACGAUGCUUCGGACAAGGACGAAAAAGGAGAUCCUCGUUGCCUGACGCCGUGGGUUGCGCUUUUGGCCUUUGCCGUAGACGAGCUGAAGCUAGCUCCGGCCGACCUCGCCGGCCUUCUCGCGACGGUGGCCACAGAGGUCGAUGGCAAACAGAGUGAAAGUAUGGCUGUCCGCAUGAGUGCCGGGCAAAUUCCGAAGCUCGGCGAAAAUUCCCGUCUCUGCAAUGCUCUAUCGUUUGACAAAGACGAGGACGCACGGGAGGCAGCAGAACCCAUUGAUGUCAUCUUUCUGCCCAAGAGCCUCUUCGUGCCGCUGUUCAGCAAGCCAGGCAACGCCACGGCUCUCGACAACACCAAACACAAGUAUCUCGCUCACGUUCGACAAGUGGCAACUGACGGCAUGGCGGCCGCCGGCUCUGAGCUCGGCUCGGAUCCAAAGUCUCUCGAAGCCGUCUUCAGCAUCGUCUUGUCCCAUCGCACAGGACCCAUCGGUGCCCCAGUGCCGACGAACAUGGUCGUUCACCUCGUAUCCCUGGAUAUGCCAACCAACAUCACUCUGCCUCUCUCGGAGAAUGUCACGCAUGCCGCUCUUCUCAGUCUUCACAGCUGGACUUAUACCGGUAGGCCCUCGAACGAAGACGCGAGCUCAUUUUCCCGUUUGACGCAUCUCGGCAACACAUUAACGGUCGUGCGGCCUGAAAUGCCGGAAGACCGACCUGACAUGCCAUCAUCGCCCUCGGUCAAAGACCUUGUCAAGCAGCGCCAGAGAGACGGGUACACGAUCGUGCGUCAUCGGACGGUAACAGGCGAAGAAACGGCUGCCAUGACGCGAGGGCCCUUGACGCCGACAUUUGUGCCGCACCCUCUGCGCGAGGGUUUUGUGAUGCAGUCCAACUUUGGCACAGACCUUCAGAUCCUCGACCCAGAUCUCUCCCUGAUGGACCUCACCUACGCCAGCGCCUGGCAGCUCGGCAAGACGUUGGCCAUGGGUGACCCAGCCUUCUGCGUCGCUCUUUCGCGCCUGCGCAUGGCCAUCGACUCGCAAUCACAGGGUGCCGCCAAGCGCGAUGUUCACACGGCCAUCAGUGAGUAUGCAUCGCGAAAAGACACAGUCGCCCGAAUGUUUGACCUUGUCCGCGGCCUUGACGAUCUCAAUGGGAACCUACUACAGAGCGAUCGGGUUGCUAUCAAGGCCGCCACGACCGCCAGUGGCCGCCGAUGGGAUGUUGAACACAAUAAUGUGCAGGCCAUGGACGGAAAGCAUGGCAACAUCGAUACGUCACAACGCUCGCAGCAUAUGGCGCCUCGGACAUCAGCGCACGCCGACGCCGCUGCAGCGUCCUUUGCUCUUGCAACUGACGGCACGCUCUAUAACGAGCACAAUGUGCCGACCAACACAGACAGCGCCUACGUGUAUUCGUGGAUCAUUGAUAAGGUGCACCUCGCCAAUGUACCUGCACACUAUCUCGUGGUUGAACCAUCUCACUUGCCCGAGGAGACGCUUCGCUUUUGCUACUUCGACGAGAAUUGGAGCGAUGCCCUGGUCGACGGCGCCUUGAGUCUUGCCAACCACUGGGCCAACGAGCCUGCUGCUGAUGAAAGCCGCGCCGCCAUCAAGAAGGCUGUCAACCUACGCCUCAUGACUCCCGAUGAGAAGCUGGGUCAUGUUCAAAUGCCCAAGUUCGGCUUCCUCAUGCGCUCUGUACUACUGGCUCAGUUCCCGGAUAUGACUGUCAGCGUAAAGCAGACCUCACAAGAAAAGCCCACCGUUUUUCAGUUCUCUGUCCCUGAGGUCAACCGGGCUCAACCGCCUGAAUUGUCACCCCUCCCUCAGCGCGUCUGGUCUGGCGCAUUACCGAUGCAUCGUCCAAGACCCCCGUCGCCUCGUCAAGAAGCAGCUCUCGUCGCUGAAUACGCGGAGGCCGCCAGGCAUGCCCCAGAUUCUCUCGCUUUCGAUAUGAAUUCCGCCCCAAUCCCUGACCCCCCAACAUUCGACGAGACGUUUGCCAACCGGCCCAAGUUCCGCCUAAAAGUCUAUCCCGUGCGCUCGCGCGACUUUGUCCCCAGCAACACCGGUCUACCUCUCGACCUAGUCUUCAGCAUCGUCUACGUCGAGGGCCGUGCCACCGAGCGCCUGCGCCGCCUAACAGUCGAGGUUCCCUGCGGUGCCAUGCCCUCCGAGGGCCGCGGUGGCGAGGAUGAUCCGCUGCUGACGCUGCUGAGUGAGGACGCCGAUCCGCCAACGCCGACCAUGCUGUCGAACCUGCGCUUCAACGUGCUCAAGAGGUGGAGGGAUGACGAGAAGGGGCGAGGCCGCUAUCUUGUUUUGGACCUCGUGCCACGGUCAAAGGAUGGUGUGCCCGUCGACAAGAUCAAGGAGGCGAGCUUCUUGCUGAGUCGGGCGGACAUUUGUCUGUACGAAGGUGCCGAACCGAGGUUUCCAUUUGUUAAUCUUAAGUACGACUAUGGUGAUUGGGGGGACAAGAGGUGGAACGAUGGGAGGCGGGUCGAAGUUAGGCCAUUGCCAUCGAAGUCUGAAGUGCCGCCGACUGAGUGA